AUGUGCAAAUGGCGGCAAACCCGCCAGUUACUUCCAGGUUUGCUGCGGACAUUGGGUGAAAUGGACGCAAGCGGAGGCGGACGCAAGAAGAGGUUUGACUGUAUAGGCUUAGUGGUUUUUGUAGAAGGUGACCGCAGAGGGCCUCUUGUCUGUAACAGAGACCGGAGGUCCUGCUUAGGGAAAUAAUCUGCAUUUUGAGAGUCAGUUUGGCAGCUUGAAGCCUUUAAGCUACUGCUUCUCCACUUAAUAUUUAUGGUGUUAACUGAAUAGACAAAAUGAGACAAAGGGAAUGAUCUUAUUCCUUAUUCCUGACUGCGCAUCACUCCUGGAUGUUUGAACGGUCCGAUGUUUAGAUACUGAAAAUGGAUUAUCGUUAUUGGGAUACCAUUUAACACUUCAUCGUUCCUCGAGUGCUACCGUCAGAUAGUGGAAAGUUGGGAAAAGCUCUUCCCUCCCUCCCGGCCCCGCAAAAGGAAAGAAAGGGAAAUGGUAGUGUGUUAAAAAUGUGUGUUUCUAAACACUACUGUUGAUCACACAGCAGCUGAAAUAAAACUGCUUUUCCUUUGUGUGCAUAUUUGUAUUUAAUGUUGGGAACAUGGGUGGUAGAUUUCACAAGGAGGUCCACAGCACCUUAAAGAGACUUAGGCUUGGGUCCUAAGAUAAAUAGAUGAAAGGGCAGUUCGUGGAAAUGACAUUUGCAGUUCCUUCUCUCCCCUCGCAACUGCCGUGCAGCCGUGCAUCACAUUCUGAGGGAGCCUCUCUGGAGGCUGCUGGGCUCUCCUGAACUACGUGGGGGUCCUGGUGUCAGGAGGGGUGGGGAAACCACAAAAAAUGGGUUCGGGUCCUAAGAUAAUUUAAGGCAAUUCAUUGGGGAAGAUGCUUAGCGGCAGAACGCCCUCCUUGGCUGCAGAAGGUGGCAGGCUCGUUUCUCGGCAGCCCAGGACCUCCAUGCACACUGCACAGGCCUGCGCCCGGGGGAGAUGACUUCCCUGCUGCACUGCCAAAGCAAUGUCUUUGUUUUAUAUCCCUCUGUCAAGGGGCCAGGCUGGCAGGCUAAGUGGCGGUGAUGGGCCCAAGGUCCCCCAAUGAGCUUUAAGGCCAAGUGGGGAUCGGAACCUUGGUCUCCCAAGUCCUAGUUUCGACACUGUCAUAUUCAUGAUCCCCGACUUCUGCAGCCUCACUCACCAGCUUUCCACUCCCCCCAAGUCUUUGUGUAAUAAUAAUUUAUUAUUUCUACCCCACCCAUCUGGCUGGGUUUCCCCACCCACUCUGAGCAGCUCCCAACAGAGUAUUAUUAAUAAUAAUAAAGCUAUAAAACAUCAAAUAUCAAAAACUUCCCUAAACAAGACUGCCUUCAGAUGUCAUCUAAAAGUCGGAUAGUUGUUUAUUUCCUUGACAUCUGAAGGGAGGGCGUUCCACAGGGCAGGUGCCACCACUGAGAAGGCCCUCUGCCUGGUCCCCUGCAACUUGGCUUCUCGCAGUGAGGGAACUGCCAGAAAAUCCUCGGAGCUGGAUCCCAGGGUGGAGACGCUCCUUCAGGUAUAACCCACCCCUCACCCAUCCAAAGUUACGGACGGCGCGAGCUCAGCUCACCUCGCCUGAGAAAUUCACCACCUUAAGUCUAUAAAGGCGUAAUGGGAAUUGAUAAGCCUUUCUGAAAAGGAGGAAGGCAAAGUUCGCGCUGGCAGAGGAGGCCUGCCGCAACCGGAACGGGGUGCUGAAGUUUCUGCGCGCUUCCUGCACGUAAGUAGACCACCUGCCCUUGCCUUCUCUGGGUGCUGCUGCUUUGCUGGCGAGGGAGAAGGAUCCUGUUCUUGAACUUUGGCUCUCUGAAUCAUCCUUCUGCAAAUACACCCCUUUGGGCUGAGUGGCGGCUGGCUGCGCCUAUAAAGCUUGCAUUCGCUUAAGAUUUACUGCUCACCAGCAUGGCUCACGCAAUCUCGGAAGCGAUUCUUAGUUUAGAAUAUUUUCUGCCCACGGUCACCUUCGAGCCAUUUAUGCUGUUAAUGUUGGGGAACAGGCUUUGCUAAUGGGCCACCUGCGCGGCGUAGGCUGUGCGAUGACACAACAAACUGCUUCAGGAAAAGAGAGGGAGAGGUGUUGUUUGCUUGCCAACUACCUACCUGCGACCUUUUGAUGUGUCCCUCUUCUGCCAACUCACUAACGGGUGUUUACAGUUUAAAAUAAGGGCUUCCCCUCCACACUUUUGGAACUUUUUGGGGGGUAGCCCCUGCCCCCAAAAUAUAGGGGGGCCCAGAACACACAAGCUGGCGCCCCUGAGGCUAAUAGAUACGUUACGGAUGGGGAAAAGGAAGGCUGGGGUGGAGGAAAGCGAGUGGAAUCCUAGAUUCUGACGUAAUAUUACAUAAUUGUUAAAAUGGCCAAGUGGAGCAGACAUGGAUGGAAGGAGAUUCUGGGAGGGGAGAAGGCAAAUGAGGCAGCUGAUGGAGGAGACCUCGUCAUCUCGCCCCCCCCCCCCCUUUCUGCUGCAGCCAGGUGGAAAAGCUUGCAUGCUCAUGUUGUGUCCCUUGUGUCAGAAACAGCCACCUGUAAGCUGAGCUCGUGAAGCUCUGUGUGUUUGCGUGCUGGCUCAGGGGAGAAAAACAAGACGCCGAGCAGCUUGCUAAGGGAAAGGCUUCCUCCCCCUUCUUCUCCGGAACACUGGUUAAAUAAUAAUAAUAAUAAUAAUAAUAAUAAUAAUAAUAUAUUUAUACCCCGCCCAUAUGGCUGGGUUUCCCCAGCCACUCUGGGCAGCUUCCAACCAAGUAUUAAAAUACAGUGGUCUGUUAAACAUUAAAAGUUUCCUUAAACAGGGCUGCCUUCAGAUGUCUUCUAAAAGCCUUUUGUUCUUUUCUUUGACAUCUGGUGGGAGGGCGUUCCACAGGGUGGGCGCCACCACCGAGAAGGCCCUCUGCCUGGUUCCCUGUAACCUCACUUCUCACAGGGAGGGAACCGCCAGAAGGCCCUCGGAGCUGGACCUCAGUGUCCAGGUAGAACGAUUGGGGUGGAGACGCUCCUUCAGGUAUACUAAGCCAUUUAGGGCUUUAAAGGUCAACAAGGUGUGCUCAGAAAUGUACUGGGAGCCAAUGUAGAUCUUUCUACAUAUUUGGAAUCGUUUUAUUACCAGACUGGGGGCCAAGCAGCUUCUGUAGCUUGAAGCAGUGCCACCCAGAAAGCAGUGCUAUCACUUCCAGGCUGCUGCAGGUUACAGAUUUGACUUGUCCGUCGUCAGCUGAGAAUUCCAGAGCAGAGGAAGCUGGAGAGGGUUGUAGGCCGGCCUUUCCUAACCUGGCGCCUUGCAGAUGUUCUGAACGCACAUCUGCCCCAGUCACCCUGGCUGUGCUCCCAUCAACACCAGCAUCACAUGACUGCACUCGCUGAUGGGAGCCGUACUCCAAAACACCUGGAAGGCAAAGAUUGGGUUGGAGUGCCCAUUUCUUAUGAGAAGCAGUUGUGCAGGAAUAGGGACCAAAGGAAGAUCAAAAUAAUAAUAAUAAUAAUAAUAAUAAUAAUAAUAAUAAUAAUAAUAUAUUUAUACCCCGCCCUUCCCGGUUUCAAAAAGCAGGCUUAGGGCGGCUAACAACAAAUUUAAAACACUUAAUUAUAAAAGAAGCAUAAAAUACAGUAUAAAAACAUGAAUAACAAUACAGUGGUGCCCCGCAAGACGAAUGCCUCGCAAGACGAAAAACUCGCUAGACGAAAGGGUUUUGCGUUUUUUGAGUCGUUCUGCAAGACGAAUUUCCCUAUGGGCUUGCUUCGCAAGACUAAACGUCUUGCGAGUUCUUGCGAGUUUGUUUCCUUUUUCUUAAAGUCGCUAAGCCGCUAAGCCGUUAAUAGCCGUGCUUCGCAAGACAAAAAAACCGCAAGAUGAAGAGACUCGCGGAACGGAUUAAUUUCGUCAUGCGAGGCACCACUGUACAAAUCAAAAAUCAAUUAGAUAAUCCCCAGAGCUAGCUGGCUGAAUUGGUCCUAUUUGGGCCAGCAAGGAGGCCAGGGGAGAAUUAGCUGUGGGGUCUCAGAGCGGGGAAUCUUCAUAUAAAGGGGAGGGGGAGGGAAGAGAAGGGGAAUAAAAGAUCAGGCUGAAUUCAAAUUAAAAGCCAGGCAGAAUAGCUCUGUCUUACAGGCCCAGCGGAAGGAAGCUAAAUCCUGCAGGACCCUGGUCUCCUGGGACAGAGCAUUCCACCAGGUCGGAGCCAUCACUGAGAAGGCCCUGGCCCUGGUGGAGGAUAGUCUGGCUUCCUUAGGGCCCAGGACAUCUAAGCUAUGGUUAUUCAUGGACCUUAAGGUCCUCUGCAGGGCAGACCAGGAGAGGCAGUCCCGUAGAAGAAGAAGAAAAACCAGCUCUCCAAUGCUAUGCACUGAGGAUUUCUUCUGUACAGAGGAUGAAGUCUUAAUCCUCAUUUUUUGAUGGGGAACAGUCCUCGACACCUUUCUUCCAUCUAUUUGCACGUGAUGGGCUGCCAACCUUCCAGAGGCAAGCUUUUGCAGAUAUUUAUUCCCAGUCCCAGGGAUAGUUUGAAAAGCCUCCACAUUUUCUCCCUCUUCUUAGCUACCAGCAGCUGUGGAUCUUCAACCCUUUUAAUACCCCGUGGCUGACAAAAGCGAUGCUCUCCCUGACCAGAGGUAAGCGGAAUAAUUUGGUUUUAGGAUGGGUGUACUUACCCGAAGGAUUCAGAGGUUAUUAUCUCAGCCCAAGUUAGUAACCGUAAACCAUUCCGUGAAGAAGGAGGUCUGCUGCUGUGUAGAUGUCUUCAGGAAUAUUGAACAUCACUUCCCACAUAACAUCAGUUGCAAAGAAAGGAGAGGGAGGGAGAUAGGAUAACUUGGUCCUCACAGGCCUUGCCUCUCGGCUAGGUGGAAUUCAAUACUAGUCAUAUUGGCUAGUGUGCCCUUUUUUGUGUCGGCCACAUCUCCCCACUUCCUUAAAGGGUACAUGAGUUUUCCCCUCGGUUUCUGCACAUGCUGCAGAGGGAUGUGGGGGGCAGAGGGGGUUCGGCCCCCUGGGAAGGGAGCCCAUCUAAGAGAAGGAAACCUCUGCUGCCUUGUGGAACAGCUUCAGAAGAGGAAAAGGCUCAGGAGCGAACCCUACACAAAUCCGGAGUCCCUAAGGCGGUUGGAUGGCGCUUGUACACCUCCUUCCAGGAUGCAGGUGGCGCUGUGGUCUAAACCACUGAGUCUCUUGGGCUUGCUGAUAGGAAGGUCAGCGGUUCGAAUCCCCGUGAUGGGGUGAGCUCCCAUUGUUUAGUCCCUGCUCCUGCCAACCUAGCAGUUCGAAAGCACGCCAAAGUGCAAGUAGAUCACUAGGUACCACUCAGACGGGAAGGUAAACGGCGUUUCCGUGCGCUGCUCUGGUUCGCCAGAAGCGGCUUCGUCCUGCUGGCCACAUGACCCGGAAGCUGCACGCCGGCUCCCUCGGCCAGUAAAGCGAGAUGAGCGCCGCAACCCCAGAGUCGGCCACAACUGGACCUAAUGGUCAGGGGUCCCUUUACCUUUACACCUCCUUCCAGCAACUCCUGCCGCCAAGCUGGUGCCAAAUGUCUUGCUCUGCUUUCCUUUGGCCGAGGGGGGCAGGCUGUGUCGUCUGGGCAGCCCAGGACCUCCCUACACAGUGCCCAAGUUUGCACCCCAGGGAGGAUGCUAGCACAGCCGUUUGACUUCACCCCCGGAAGAGCACUCCAUUGUCUCUUGAGACAGAUGGAUGCCAACAAGUUUCCCCCAAGGGAGUGCAGCAAGGAAAAGGGGACCUGCGGUUCCCCUGAUGCUUUUGGACUUCAAACCCCCCCAUGAGCCCAUUGGGACUGGAAGGUCGGAAAGCAGGGAGCCCAAAGAGCAGGUGAGCCAGAGCCAAGGACAGGUGGAGCCCAGGAAUACUAGUUUUGUCCGCAUCCUCCUCUGUUGAGUUCCACCUGGUCUAAGGAGGAGGAAGGAGGCUGACAGCCAGGGCCACCGACUGCGUUAGUUGCAAAUUGAAAGCAGGCAGCUGGGGCUGGCUGAAGGCACCCUGAGGUGGGUGGGCCAGGGUCCCCGUUCAUCCUAAAGGACCAGCUGCCGCUGAUUCUAGCAGCAGCCGGGGGCAUCUGAUGUGGGAUUUGCCUUUUGGCUGCUCCCCUGCUCUUCCUUUUGCAGAGUUCCAGAACAAAGACGACGCCUACUGCUUCUCCUUAGCCAAGGCCCUCUACUGCGUGUCCUCGCCAGUGACAGUUGGGUUUUAUGCACCGUGGGGGCACUGCAAAGCCUUCCUCCUGGACAGGAUCCGAGGUGAGCGCUCGUAAGGUGAAGACCCAUGAAAGGAAGGGCUCACAAAGGGCAGACCUUGGUAAUAAUCCAACCUCUCCUGGUGCUGGCUUUAGGAAGGUGGCAUGAGGCUCUGGCAGGGUCCUAGAACCUUCCUAUCUCCUUCCCAAAGCCCAGUAAGUGCUUGUGGGAAUGUUCAGGGAGGCAGGAGAGGAUAUAUUGUUAUAUCCUUGCUAACUUGCGCUAGCAAGUUCCUUUACUUAGCAGAGUUUCACAUUCCCCUUUUAAACGCACAGUGGGUAGCUGGUUGCAAGCUGGUGUAAGCCUCUCACUAUUAGGUUCCUGGUAAGUUCCCUUAUCAGCUCCUGCCAUAGCUGUCAACUUUUCCCUUUUCUUGCAAGGAAUCCUAUUCAGAAUAAGGGAAUUUUCCUUUAAAAAAGGGAAAAGUUGACAGCUAUGGCUCCUGCCAACCUAGCAGUUCGAAAGCACGUCAAAGUGCAAGUAGAUAAGUAGGUACCGCUCCGGCGGGAAGGUAAAUGGCAUUUCUGUGCGCUGCUCUGGUUUGCCAGAAGCGGCUUAGUCCUGCUGGCCACAUGACCCGGAAAAACUGUCUGCGGACAAACGUCGGCUUCCUUGGCCAGUAAAGCGAGAUGAGUGCUGCAAUCCCAGAGUUGUCCGUGACUGAACUUAACUGUCAGGGGUCCUUUACCUUUACCUUUAAGUUCCAUUAUAUCCCUCUUAAAGAAUAAACACAUGACAAUCUUAUUUAAAGUCAAUAAAAGAAGUUUACUCACAGUAUCUUCAGUUCACAGUUGGAUCCCUGAAGGCAGACUUAGUUACAAAGUAUACACAUGUGGAUCUAUCCCAUAUGGGGAUACUUCCAGUGUCCUCUGUUGGCUGAAAGCCAAGAGAGCAUUUCUUGCUAAAAAGCUGCUCCAACGAUGGAGGAAGUCAAAGAGAGGGAGUGUGGCAGCAUGCCUUGUCCUUUUUAUUACCUGGACAGGUAAGGUCAUGCCCACCUCUAGUCACAUGCAAAGGAAGUAUGUCCCAACCAGGAGGAAACAGGAAGUUUUUGACUGGCUGGACCAAACAUUCCCCCAUAUGUCCACUCUAGGAAAACAAGGAAUGUUGUACUUGACUGCUGCUUAUGUGUCACAUCCCACAGUGCUUGCCUGGCUUAGGGAAGGAGGAAGAGGGUUCUAGGACCCGGUCAGAGCCCUCACGCCUCCCCCCAAAGCUAGGGAACUGUUUGCCGGCCUUUGAGAAGGCAGCCCCCAUGGCUGUAUGCUUGGUGCGACCGCUCUGUUCACACUGCCCUAUAUCCGCCUUGUUCACAGAAUGCAAGUGUAGCCUGUGGAACUCAUUCAUUCUGGAUGAGGCAAAGAAGAGCAGGAGUGGCUUUAUGGAGGUGGGGGAUGAGUUAAAUACUGUGGAGGGCAGGGCUAUCAAGGGCUAUGUGUCAGGAGAGCAAAACGUGUUUAUCUCCAUUUCCAGGGACGCCCCUGCAAAGUAAGUGGCACAUGCUGAUUUUCAGCAUUUGUUUUUCUUGACGUAGAAUUUGAGUUUCACUGGUGCAAUGCUUGGAUUUCAUUUAUUUGCUGCACCAAGUAGCUUUCUCACUGUUCUUGCUUUCUCCUGCCGGAGGCAAAACACAUUGCUUAGAGAGAUGGAAACCAUUUAGAGAAUAAUGUUUUAAAUAAAUAGCAUGUACCGUAUUUUUCGCCCUAUAGGACGCACCGUCCCAUAAGGCGCACCUAGUUUUUUGGGGGGGAAAUAAAGGAAAAAUAUUUUAUUUCCCCCGCAGGCACGGGGCUGGGGCGGGGGAAGCCCAAGCUUCCCCCGACCCCAGCCCCCAGAACAGGCAACUCUCAGCAAGCCAUGGGAGCCCGGCGCCGGGCUCCCACGCCUUGUGGAGAGCUGCGCGAAGCCUGGAGAGCGAGAGGGGACCCGUCUCGCUCUCCAGGCUUCAGCGAAAGCCUGCAUUCGCCCCAUAGGACGCACACACAUUUCCCCUUCAUUUUUGGAGGGGGAAAAGUGCGUCCUAUAGGGCGAAAAAUACGGUAACUCUCAGAAAAUAAAGCAACGAAACAAUUUACAGAUGAGCUUGGAAUCGCACCAAAGGGUGAGAGUGUACGGUUUAUUAAAGCAUGACGUGUAAGAGGCCUUGCAGAAUGGGAACAUAGGAGCCGCCCUGCAGCUGCGUCCGACUCAAGUCCAGCAUCUUGUUCUCACAGUGGCCAACCAGAUGCCUCAAGAGAAAGCCCAAGGACACGAGUGCUCUAGCACUCCCCCCCCCUGCAAUUCCCUGCCUUACCCUCCAAAAAAUGGUCUAAUCCCAGUUUAAAACCUUUUAAAUGAAAAUUGGGUUUUACCAUAGAGCAGGCGUCAGGCGAGUCUCUCUGAGAAGGCUAUUCCAAAUUCGAGGUGCCACCACCAAGAAGGCUCUCUCCUUUGUUGCCAUGUACCUCAAUUCACUUGGAGGUCACACAUGGAGUGAGGACCGGGAGGGGAUCUUAAACUUUGGGUAGUUAAUCAAAGUAUUGUAUGAUCAACAGAAACCAGGACAGACCCUGGUCGGCUGGGAUACAGUAGACUCAGUCUCUGGUCUGCUUCUCUUCCUUUUCCUCUAGAAUACAUGCGUCUUCAGUCACGGAAGAAAGACCAGCAGGAAUUCCAGCGGACGGGACUGAAACAGCGAGGGACUUCUGGGUGGGAUCUGGUCUCCGUCGUCUUCCUCAUGAUCUUCUACCACCCCGUUCUGACACUGCAGCACCGGCAAAGGAAAAACGUCCAGCACAUCUUCAUUCAUUUCAGUGCCUGGGAAUACGCCGGGAGUGACCAGCUCUGGGCAGGUCUCAUCACUGCCCUGUGCGACGGCAUCGAGAGCCACUUUGGCCUUGUCCCCGUGAGCGUCUACAGAGCUGUGGGCAGGAAGUGCGGCCUUGUCGAGGCCCCUCUGCGCCAGGAGUGGAUCAGCAAGAAGUACCUCUGCCUGCCGCUGUGGGCUGCCAUCCUCUUGGUGGUGGUCGUGGCUGUCGGGGUCGCGGCCCUCAUCUUUGUUUUCGGCAUCCCCACUGGCAACGCUUCCGGGGAUGCCAUUGCUGUUGUCGAGGGCCUUGGGGCCACAGCGGUUGGGAUCACGGCUGCAGCAUCCGUCCGGAUGGCUGUCCUGGUGGUACGGAAUGUCAUCGUCACCCAGAAGGCCCAGCUGGAGAGGCAGAUGAACCGAACGGACCUCAGCGCCCAGCUGGGCUUCAUGAGCAACGUCAAGAGAGAGGUGAAGAUCAUUGCCAAGUUCCUGAAGUUCAUGGAGAUCUUCCAGCGGAGGAAGCUCAGGGUGGUGCUGGAGAUCACCAGCUUGGACAACUGCAGCCCCGACAAAGUGGUGGGCGUCCUCGACGCCAUGAACAUCCUCCUCUCGGACUACGAGGCGCCCUUCGUCUCCAUCCUGGUGGCCGACCCCAGCGUGAUCGUGGACUGCGUGGAGAACUCCUUGUACAUGAAAGGCAUGGCCAACAAUGGCUACGAGUUCUUGAACCGCAUCAUCACCCUCCCGUUCUCGGUCCCCAAGAUGGACACCCACACCAAGAUGCAGCUGGUGAAGUGUGCCGUUGACUGCAGGGAGGAGCAGGAGAAAAGCCUGGAGGACGAGGAGGGAGAAGGGGACUUUCCGCAGGAAAACCAGAGGAGGCUGAAUUCUAGGUCGCCCUUGUGUUACGAUUCCACCAGCCGGAAGGCCCCCGAGCGACACACCGAUGGCAGCCGUGUGCCUCUGGUUGUCGUGAGUCCCAGACUGGAAGCGCCUCCCAAAGAAAGGUGCAAGAAAGGCUUCAAAGCCAAGGACCUGAUCCAGGAGGCCUUUGAGUUCCUGCUGGACGACAGCAUGAAGGAGUACAUGACGGACAACAUGGUGCAGAUGAGACGGAUCAUCAACACCAUCUCCGUCACGGUGCGUCUCAUGGCCACGGAGGUCCCCCGGGAGAAGCUGUGCCCGCGCAAAGUGGCCUCCUGGGUGCUCCUGGCCAGCCAGUGGCCUUGCCGGCUGAGCUGGAUCUUGCAGUGCAUUGAGGACGAUGAGCAGGUGGGGCGGCUGGGCCUGGGCCAAGGCUGCCAGCUGGCUCCCCACCACUUCCUGUGGGAGGUGUACGAGAAGUACAUGGACGAGCUCGACAUGCUCAAGGGCCAGCUGGAGAAGCUCUUGGAACUGGACGGGGACCCCGAGCUCUUCCACAGCUUCCUGUGCCACAGGUUCCAGGUGAAGGACGCCAACUUCUUCCUGCCUUACACGGUCAACCUGGACUCCUCCUUGAAGAGGCACAUGGAGCUGCUCCGGGGCAGCCGCAGCCUGAAGCGAAGCACCAAGAAGGGCCACGGGCUCUCCAGAUGCGUUCUGCUGGGGCUGUCGGUGGACGAGGUCUGCAAGGAGGUAGGAGAGCACUGCCUUGUCCAGGGUCAGCUUGGAAGCAGGUUGAGGAAAGCUGCCCAAGCAGGAAGGAAGUAUAUAGUGUUAGGGCUUCCUGCCAAGGCAAACAAAGGAAGCGAUGCCAGAGAGUUCUCUCUAGCAAAUUUCACAGGAAAGCUCUGUGAGCCUCAUUCCUUUCAUGUGCCUGUCUGGCAAAACAUGGGUUGCUGGUUUGACUGCAAUAAUGUCCCGCAGAUCUAUCCCAACCUGACUAGGAAUACACUCUAGAGAAGUAUCCCUUGUUUUGUACCUCAGCUGUUUUUCCCUGGCUGGGAUUUGGCCUUCAACUCUGAUUAUACCCGCCUGGAUGGAGACACUAGCUUAUUUGCAUAAAAUUUACAUUGGUUGCCCUACCCACUUAUUGCCUCUGGCCCCACCCACCAUGGUCAUGUGACCUUUGGAAGGUUGCCCAACAGGGAAUAUGGCCCCUAAACAGAAAAACUUCACCUUGCCUUCCCUUUGUGUGGGACAGUGCUGAGGGACGUGAUUGUGAGUUUCCACCUCUGCUUUUUGUUCUUUUCCAGAUGGACCAACUUGGCUUGAAAGAGGGAAAUUCCCAGCGGUACAAGGAGAGGUUGAGGCAGCACCAUCUGAACGGACGCGCCCUGGCCUACAGUGACAGGAACGAAAUCAGAGAUGUCCUUGGCAUGGGUCUCGGGGAGUGGGUGACCUUCAGUGCGUAUUUCCUUGGGUCAGGGCCCUCUCAGGUCCCUUCGACAUCGUCUCCCAUGGUGAUGUUCGGAAAGAAGACCUACUUAGGUGUGCAAGAGAACACCCCGAGAGGAAGCACCUGGUCCCUGAACUUUUCGAGGGAAAAUAACCAGCUCAACCAGGUUCUGUGCACCUGAGACGUGCUGGAAAUUGCUACUGGAAUCUGGAGCAAGAGGUGGACUUGAUGCAGCCACUUCAACAUUUAUUUAUUUCUUAUAGAAAGGAAGCGCUGUGGUCCCUAACUCCAGAAAUAAAAGUUCAGCAACUCUGCCUGAAA